GUGCAUGACGUUAUCGAGAAGCAGUUAUCAUCACGAGCUGGUGGGGUGGCGCAUCAGAAUGAGGAGGUGUUUAUUAGCGAUGUUAUUAACGAUAUUGUUAAUUUUAUUGUUGUUGUUGUUGUUGUUGAAUUUGAACAUGUGCUGAUAUUAUCGUUGGCAAAUAACGACAACGAGGUGGAUGAGUCGAGAAUGGUGAUAGUGGACGACAAUAACGAGUUGAUGCGACGUGCAGUGAGGACUAACAGAGGGGUGAAUAACGGCACUAAGCGAUUCACAUCCCAAUCUCCGACCACAACCAGCAACACGGCAUCACCACAGAAAUCAGCUGCCGGUUGUUUCAUUGCUGACAGAAGAAAACAGAGAGGUCGACGACGUGCUAGAGGAGGCUCUGCAACGUCAGCAACUGUAACAACGAGUAAUAUGAAUAGCAAGGAUCAGUCACAACAACAGAUUGAUGAUAUAUACGAGUUUAGAAGCAGUCCUGAGUCGGAUAUUAACAUCAACAAAUCGGUAUCGGAUAUGACUGUAGCGUCGCUGUCGAAUCGUGAGAUGAGCGCACCGCCAGCUGCGAAAAGGCAACGCAUCUCGACAGCCGCAACUACAAGUAGUUUGCAAGAAGAGUUAGAAAUUGCAACAGAGGAUCUCCCAUCAUUGGGAGUGGUUCAAGGAGACGAAGAGCAAAACGAAAUGAGUAGUACGACGAGUGGAUGUGCAGUGGUUAUCGAUGAGCAUGGUGAUGAUAAUAGCAAUAAUAAUAAGGGAGUGGUUUCGGGACGUAAGGUACCGCCGUUACGCAUCACAUUACCGCGAACACCGAGUGAAGAUGGUAUGGUGAGUAGCAAAGGUGAUGGUGUUACGAACACGGCUGAAGAAGCCGUGGUGGUCAGUAAAGAUACGCAGUCGAAUGCAAGCACUGCAAAU